UACUGCUGCUGUCGCUGUCGCUGUCGCUGUCGCUGUCGCUGUCGCUGCUAAUGCUGUUCUUCUUCUUUCCAUUUGCUAAAAUUCGAGCCCUUCGUCAUCACAGAGAAAAUAUAUCCAGACAAAUUAUCCUUAGGAUCACGGGGAUACAUAUAUAUAUGUGUGUGUAUAUAUAUAUAUAGAAUAAACACAUAGACGAAGACGAGAAGACAAGAGAUUAAAAAAAAAAAAAAAGAAAAAGAAAAAAAGAAAACAAAACAAAAGAAAAGAAAAUGAACAAAGUUGGUUCCUGAGAGAUUAAGAACCGUGGCUGGCGAAGGUGAUCCUUCCGAUAGGAAGGGAAGGAAAAAUAUAGAAAUUGAUAGUAAAAGAAGAAGAUCGAGGGACGAGGUUCUUCUUAUCCUCGUUGGCUUACGAUUUAGUGAUCGUAAGUGGAGUUUUUGUUUUUCAACGGGUCGACGAAGGUGGAAGGAGGAAGAGUGGCCGAGGACGAGCAGAAGGAGACGGAGAAAAAGAAGAAGAAGAAAAAAAAAGGAAAAGGUGAAUGAGGAGAGUUAUACGAUCGUUCUAACACGAGUAUGAUCGGUAUAACUCGAAGAAAUUGGGCUUUGCGCCUAUCGGUGGUGCUCAACGUUUGCGUACUACUUUACGUGUGCGCCCAUUUUGGUUCUUCUUCCGGUCCUUGGAUCGAAGAAUCACCAACCAAUUGGGCUGCCGCAGCACCACCGGCUAUAGCUCCACCUGUGGCGGCACAAGCAUCACGAUCAAAAAAUUCGAUUAUACAAGAAGAUGUUAGUGGCGUUGCCGGUGGUGCUGGUGCAGCAACCAUUGCUGAUAGAUCGUCAGUCAAUCGUCUUUCGAAUGGUACUCUGAUCUCUGCCCUUUCUUCAUUCUUCUCAUCUUCCUCCUCCUCGUCUUCUUCUUCAUCUUCAUCAUCUUCUUCUUCUUCUUUAUUAUCACCUGCCCCAUCCUCUUCAACGAACAAAAGAAACAAGAAGAAAGGUCUACCGAACAAAAUGAUCGGAGGGAUCGUCACUAUGAAACCUACCUCGAAGGAGGCCAAGGUCAAAAUACUCGACGAUACGAUUGGACGAGACGGUCAUGCUGGUAAUCGUACGAAAAAUAUUAACGAACCGGCACCAGCACCAGUACCACAACCAGCUGCCAAUCUGAAGGAAGCCAUAUCUUGCAACGAAAAAUCAUUAGAACCUAGACGAGCCCAACGUGGAGAUUAUUGGGUUCUAUAUAAUUACGUACCUAUGAGUAUGAAGGUGAAAUGUUGGGAAAGCGUAACUUACACCACUCAUGCCGACUAUACCUUCCUGGAUAACUUGGAACCAUUGUUGGAACGUUGGAGAGCACCGAUAUCGAUCGCGAUGCAUGCUCCUGGCACAGACUUUUCGGCGACUUUAGACGCAAUCAAAUACUCAAGGAGCUGUGGUAGCCCAUUGGUUUUUCAACUGGUGACAUUUCAUGUCUUUUUUAGCAGUAAACACGUGCCAAAAUUGGUUCCACCAUCAGAAAAAGUUAUGUCUGAUACGUACAACUGUACGUUGGGACCACCCUGGGUGAAUAUAACACUUUCGAAGAUGUACAAAAACGAGAAGAAACUUCUUUAUCCAGUUAACGUUGGAAGAAACAUAGCAAGAGAAUCAGCACCGACUUAUUAUGUUUUUGCCAGCGACAUAGAAUUAUAUCCGAGUCCAAAUCUUCCGGAAAAGUUUCUUGAAAUGAUUCGCAAGAGAGAUCAAGCAGCAUUGCAAAAAUCUAAUCCAAAGGUUUACGUCUUGUCUAUAUUCGAAGUUAACGAAAAGUAUCGACCACCGAACAAUAAAACUCAUUUGGUACAAAUGUUAAAAGCAGGAACAGCUAUUCCAUUUCAUAAGAAGCUUUGUUCCGGUUGUCACAACGUUCCACGUAGCAAGGAAUGGCAGGAAACUCCUGAAACCGAAGGUCUUCAUGUAUUUCACGUUGGAAAACGUACGGGUAGCUUCGUUCAUUGGGAACCUAUUUUUAUAGGAACUAACGAAGAACCUUUGUACGACGAACGACUCAGCUGGGAAGGAAAAAGUGAUAAGAUGCCGCAGGGUUACACUCUCUGUGUCCUCGAUUACGACUUUCUCAUUUUGGACAACGCAUUUUUGGUACAUCGUCCUGGUAUAAAGAUCUUCAAAAAAGAUCCUCAUCGUGAAAUGCUCACUGCUAAGACGAACGCAUUGAUCAAGAAAAUUAUCGUACCAGAAUUAAAAAUCUUGUAUGGUGCAAGAAAAGGAUGUGCUGUCUAGCCUCUACCACCAUGAGCGCUUAGCGCUCUAUACGGACACAAAACAAGUAAACCCAUAUUGACUAGUUCGCUAAUUUAAGAACUACCAUUUGAUCUUAAUGUUUCUACGCCGAUUAGAUAAUCUAGACACAAUUUAAGCGUGUUACUAAAGAUCAUUAAAAAAGUUAAACAUGUUCCAUGAA